AUGAUAUUUAUUGGCUUAUCAUUUGCUCGACCGUUCCUCUUCCAAGCCGCUAUCAAAGCUGUUAGUGAGCCUGAUCUCUCCAGAGCAAAAACUGGUGGCUUACUUGGCGCAACGUUUCUGGUUUUCGUUUUGCUGGCAAUCUCGCGUGCAUACGCACAAGGGUUGGUCAACAAAAGCAUGGCCUACUUUAGAGGCUGCAUAGUUGCUGCAAGAUUGCAUAAAAUGUAUCGCCUUCCCCAAUCUGAGCUCAAUAAACGUGCAGCCCUUACACUCUCUACCACGGACAUUGCGGGAAUGGAACGAGGUGUGCUACUAUUUCAUGAAGUUUGGGCAGGCAUUCUCUCUACAGGGCUUGGUAUAUAUAUUUUGAGCCGGCUUGCCGAGGCAGCCUCCUUCUUGGUCAUUAUUCCUGUUGCCAUUAUGCUGUCCGUCUCUUACAAUCUAACAACAAAAAUGCGUCCAGCGCAGAAAGCCUGGAAUGAACAGAUUGAGAGGCGCGUGGCAAGCACAUCGGAUGUUUUACACGGACUACGGAGCGCGAAAAUGUCCGGUCUAACUAAGGCUGUGGCAUCGUCUUUGCAAGCCAUGAUGCAGAAGGAGGUAUCAUCAUCCAAGAAAUGGCGAAAGUUUAUCACCUUUCAGUUUGUUUUGUCUCAACUCACUCAGUCCUGGACCUCAAUCGUCGUCCUCGGUGCCACGUUGUUCUGGACCCGGUCGCUGUCUGGUUCAGCACCUGCCAACAUUUUCGCGACAGUAUCAACGACACCGUUACUCAACCAGCCACUAGAGGAUGUGAUGAUGGCAUUUUCAAAACUCACCUCAGCAUUUGCUUGCUUUGAGAGAAUACAAAACUAUCUACUACUACCCGAGUUGGUAGAUGUGCGCCAGCAAGAUCUCGGUCAAAUUGCUGAUGCAAACCAAGCCCCAAGAUUCGCAGCCCAGCUAGUUGGGGUCUCGACAAAACCGUUGGAUUCAGGACGCCAGCUGUUUCACAGUUUGCAUGCUGAUUUUCCUACACAGGAACUCAGUGUUAUCAUUGGGCCUGUAGGAUCUGGCAAAUCCACAAUAUUAAAGCUGCUUUUGGGUGAGGUGGACAUCACUCGCGGGCAUAUCCACAUUGAUAAGACAUCAAUUGCCUAUUGCGAUCAGAAGCCCUGGCUUGAAAAUAAAUCAAUCAAGGAAAAUAUUGUCGGCCAUCGAACUAUCACAAUUGGUUGGUACAAUAAGGUUCUCUCAGCAUGCUGCCUUGAUCGAGAUAUUGAGCUCCUUGCAAAAGGGGACGAUACUGUUGUUGGUAGUGCCUGUUGCAAUCUGAAUGGCGGCCAGCGACAGCGAGUUGUAAAGUAUUUUACCACUGUUGGCAUAUACUAA